GCCAGGGCCUCAAUGAGUAGUGGUUAGCAGCAGGGCACGGUGCUUUUGGUUCUCCCUCUGCUGCUCUGUGGAUUAGCUGCCGCUCCCAGGAUUGCCAUCGCAGAAGGGCCAGGACUCACUGUGGUCUCUCAGCACAGAGCUUGAUGGCGGGAUCUUGUGAGAUCAGCAACAUCUUCUCUAACUACAUCAGCGCCAUGUACCAGCCAGAGGAGGGGCAGCCGACCCUGGAUGUGCUGGGACACCUUGGGGACGACAGCACCCUGGGGCUGAGCCUCCCCACCAGCCAGCCCCUGGCAGACAGCACAGACAAGCCGGAGUGGUUCAGUGAGCUCCCAUACUUCUGGACCAAGGUGCAGGUGCUGGAGUGGAUCAGCUACCAUGUGGAGAAGAACAAAUAUGAUGCCAGCUCCAUCGACUUCUCCUGCUGCAAUAUGGAUGGGCAUGCGCUCUGCCACUGCACAAGGGACCAGAUGCGCCUCAUCUUUGGGCCCCUGGGGGAUGAGCUCUAUGACCGCCUGCAUGAGAUCACCUCUGAUGAGCUGAAUUGGAUCAUUGACUUGCUGGAGAAAGAGGAUGUGACUUCCCAAGAGACAUUCCUGGAUACCAGCCACCUGGAGCUGGGAAAUCCCUGUGCCAAGGACUCCCUGGAGGAGAUGAAGUUCACAAACCCUUUCCUCUCCACAGAUUUUAGCUGCUUGCCUGGUGCCAUGUCACCAGGCAGCUCAGAUAUCUCAGGGCCUGUGAUGUCCCAUAGCCCCAACUCCCAGGACUCCGGUGGAAGUGACCUUGACCUUGACCUUGACCCUGCAGAAGCAAAGCUCUUCCCUGAUGAUGGCUUUGCAGGGGGCAAGAAAGGGGACAGCAAACAUGGCAAGCGGAAACGGGGACGGCCCCGAAAACUCAGCAAGGAGAGCAGAGACUGCCUGGAGAACCGGAAGAGCAAGCACUCCCCAAGAGGUACCCACCUGUGGGAGUUUAUCCGGGACAUCCUGAUCCACCCUGAGCUGAAUGAGGGGCUGAUGAAGUGGGAGGACCGGCGGGAAGGUGUCUUCAAGUUCCUGCGCUCAGAGGCAGUGGCUCAGCUCUGGGGCCAGAAGAAGAAGAAUAGCAGCAUGACCUAUGAGAAGCUGAGCCGAGCCAUGCGGUAUUACUACAAACGGGAGAUCCUGGAAAGAGUUGAUGGGCGACGGCUCGUGUACAAAUUCGGGAAGAACUCCAGCGGUUGGAAAGAGGAGGAGGUGUUGAACAGGAACAAGGAGCUGUAAAGGUCCUGGAUGAACUGGGGCCCAGCAAGCCCCCCAGGACCAGCCCGAACCUGGCUUCUUGGCAGGAAACUUUGCCUACUGUUGGAUCCAGAAGCUGCUGCCCCAUGCAGCGUUUGAGACUGCAGCCCCUUAUAUGGGCACACAUGCACGCUGGUGACUACCAGCACUGAGAUAUUUAAAGCUAAUUUUUUGGCUCCAGUAGGUUAUUGUAAACCAUUAUUUCCCUCAUUGGAUUUGUACCUCCAACUGGAGUUUCAGUGACUUUGGCUGUUUCAAAGCCUGGACAAAGGCAAAGAGGAAGAGAAAUCUGGGUAACAGAUGGCACCGAAGUGAGAACCCAGCAGGUAUCCUGCUGGCAGCCACCUCCUGCCCGGACAGAGGGACAGUGCCACUAUUUCAUCUGUGACCAGAAAGGAAUCAACCCAACUAUGAGGCCUUUCUAGAAUGUCCUCCUCCAGUGCUGUUCAAGGCCUGCUAAAGGUGUCCACUGUCCUAUUUUCUCCACAUGGGAUGAGUGAGGCCCCUCUGUGCAGCAGCUCCUCGACAUGGCACCAGCCAAGAGCAGAUGGAGACAGCACAGAGUUUCAUCCAGCUCUGGAAAAUCCACAGAAGGAGAGAGGACUCCAGACAGCAGGGCCUGUUUGAGUUUCCAGUCUGGCCACCUGUAUCUGGAAACAGGCCUUUUUCCCAAGAGUGGCUUCUAAUUUAUGUAAGACAUAAAAAGGCACAGAAUGAAUGUACAGAUCUAUUUUUUCAUGAAUAAGAUGUUCCCGUGUGACAAGGUGCAUUGUAGGGCACGCACGUGUCUUGUGGCAGGUGGUGAUGCUCAGCUGGACUGAAGCAAUGUCACAGGGGCACAGACUGGCUCUGUGUCAGCCACAGGAGGGGGAUGCUAGCCCAGCCAGGCACCCAGCAGGUGCAUGU